AUGUCUAUGCCUGAGGACACUCCUGCCGCCACCGACAUGCAACUCACCGAUGGUGAAAUCCAGUCAAACUGGGAAGAGGUGUACGACAACUUCGACAACAUGGGUCUUUCGCCAGAGCUCCUGCGUGGUGUCUUCGCUUACGGUUUCGAACGCCCCUCUGCUAUUCAGGCCCGCGCUAUCGUUCCAGUGAUCAAGGGUCACGAUGUUAUUGCGCAGGCCCAGUCUGGUACGGGUAAGACUGCUACGUUCUCGGUUGCCAUUUUGCAGCGUAUCGACCCGAACUUGAAGGCUGUUCAAGCGCUUGUUCUGGCCCCCACUCGUGAACUUGCUCAGCAGAUUCAGAAUGUCGUUGUUGCCCUGGGUGACUACAUGAACAUCCAAUGCCAUGCCUGUAUUGGUGGUACGAAUGUCCGUGAAGACAUGGCACGCCUCAGCGAUGGUGCUCAGGUUGUUGUCGGUACACCAGGUCGUGUGUACGAUAUGAUCAAUCGUCGUGCCUUCCGGACCGAUCACCUCAAGAUGUUCUGUCUUGAUGAAGCAGAUGAAAUGCUCUCGCGUGGCUUCAAGGACCAGAUGUACGAGGUGUUCCAGCUCCUGCCCCAGGACACCCAGGUUGUCUUGCUGUCCGCUACGAUGCCAGAGGACGUGUUGGCCGUCACGAAGAAGUUUAUGCGUGAUCCUGUCCGUAUUCUCGUCAAGCGUGAUGAGCUCACGCUCGAAGGUAUUAAGCAGUUCUACAUUGCUGUUGAGAAAGAAGAGUGGAAGUUUGAGACUUUGACAGACUUGUAUGAAACUGUCACGAUCACACAGGCUGUGAUUUUCUGCAACACACGUCGUAAGGUCGACUGGCUGACAGAGCAGCUCCAUGCUAUGGAGUUCACUGUGUCGGCAAUGCACGGUGAUAUGGAUCAGCAACAGCGUGAGGUAAUUAUGCGCGAGUUCCGCUCUGGCUCGUCGCGUGUGCUGAUCACCACGGAUCUGUUGGCUCGUGGUAUCGAUGUCCAGCAAGUUUCUCUUGUUAUCAACUACGAUCUCCCGACCAACCGAGAGAACUACAUCCACCGUAUUGGUCGUGGUGGUCGUUUCGGUCGUAAGGGUGUUGCGAUCAACUUUGUGACGCAUGACGAUGUCCGCAUGAUGCGCGACAUUGAGCAAUUCUACAACACCCAGGUGGAGGAGAUGCCAAUGAAUGUGGCUGACCUCAUUUGA